UGCUGGAACACGUGUGUGGGUAGUGGCGUGCUGAUGGUGGGGAAGCAGUUAACUCACAGUGGAGCUCAGUUCAGGACUAAAGUGUUAACUCGUCUUAUUCAGGCUCUCUACGCUUCUGCGUUUGAUCCGGCGCUACAAUGUCGGGAGCCAAGGACAGGAUGCGCCACAAGAAAAUGAGAAAUCAGCCGAGUAACAUGACCUACUCUUCAUCUCAAGAGUUUCCUAAUGGUGAAGGCUCUGGAGGUUCUGCAGGUCAAGGUUACAGCAGGUCACAGCACACAAAGGGACCGUCAGGGUACGGCCAAUCACAGCAGGCCAGUGGAUGGGUGAGGGGGCGACAGGAUGGACCAGUCCCUCGUGAUGAGGUGCUACCCAAGUACAUCACAGCAUCAAUGUUUGCGAAAGCCAGAGCUGCGGAAGUGAACUCCAUGCUGAAGGCUGUUAGUAAGACGACAGGUAGCUCCCAUGUGUUUGGCGCUCUGCCGAAGCACAUGCGGCGACGAGCCAUGAGCCACAACACCAAGAGACUGCCCCGCCGACUGAGGGAGCUGGCAGACAGGAUGUUGGAGAAGAGUCAUCAUGCAGGACAGAAAGAGAAGAAAGAGCAGUCAAAGACAAAGAGUCGCCGUGCCCGCCGGCGUCAUGGUAAUCUGUUGCUGGAGUUUAACCGACGCCAGAGGAAGAACAAGUGGUUGGAGACGCACAUCUGGCACGCCAAGCGUUUCCACAUGCUAAAGAAAUGGGGCUACUGCCUUGGAGAGAGACCCACGUACAAGUGCUACAGAGCCAGCUACAGGGCUAUGAGCUCGGGCUGUCUUCUGCAGGACAUGUCUUACUACUGCUGUUUGGAGCUCUGGGGUCCAGAGGAGCAGCUGAUGAGUGCACUCUCCAGGCUUACGAGUAAAGAUACAGGUCCAACCUUUGCAGCAGUGUUGUGUGUAUCGGGGCAGAGAGAGGGCAAUACUCUGCUUUACAAGGCUGAUCAGUACCCUCACCAGCCCAUGGGCCCUGCACAGUUUCUCUGGAGGCCCCGUAAUGCUGAAUCAUCUCUGAGACAGCUGUGGAUCUGGGUACAUCCCACCAUAAAACAAGAACUUCUUUCAGAGUUGCAGGUGGUGUGCCAGUGCUUUGAGGCAGUGUCUCCACCCCCAUCAGAAACCCCAGUAGAAGCAGGCCCCUCUGACCAGCCCUCUGCACCUGCCUCUUCAGACCUCAAAUCUGAGCCUCAGCAUCCCGGGAAGAAGAGGAAGAGAGAAGGUGAUGGGAAAGAGGACAAACCUGCUAAAAAGAUCCUGGGUGAUGGCACUCGGUCUCCAAUGACUCCAGUUAGUUGGAGAUCAGCUGAGAAUGACAUUGUGAUUAAUGAUCUAUCUAUGGAAAUAGUACGCUAUCGCUUGAUUGGUCCACUAUCCCACGCUGUACUGACAGAGACACUGCUACCAGCUACUAAUACUGAGAUUGAUAUUGAAAGUACCUCCUCAUUCUGGUGGCCACAGCAUUGUAAAAACAAGGACAGUAUGUCUUUACACAAGCAGCAAGCAGAUGUCUUCCAGCUGCUGAAAGGUGUAAACUCUACAUCAGAGCUACCAGCAGGGUGCGUCUUGGGGCUGACCGUGGACGACCCAAGGCUGACUUUGCCUAAGAAACGGGUUACAGCUGCACUCGACCUACAAGCAGCACAAGAUGUGGAUGAGGAGCAGAGGAGAGAUCUCACUCUGAGAGGAGUUCCUGCUCCUUGUGCUCAGACUGCCCUGUGGGACCAGGAUGUCCGAGACAACGUCACAAACAACAGGGUUUUAGAGCAGGAAAUGAACAAGAUGAAAAGGGAGUUACUGGUCCCAGGAUCUAGGUUGCCAGUCUUUCCACAGAGCCGUGUGCCCAUCCUGCUUGUUCACCAGGCAGGGAAACAGCAGGGCGAGGAGCGACGAGGCUGGGGCUCUGGAUGGGAUUUGCUACUGCCCAAGGGUUGGGGCAUGGCCUUCUGGGUACCUUUGGUUUACCGCGGUGUUCGUGUUGGGGGUCUCCAAAUGAGCUUGAAACACUCCCAGAACAAAUGCCUGCCUCAUUUCCCCCACGAGUUCCCAGACUGCCCUGCAGGUGUUCGCUUCCAGGAGGAGCAGGAGGUGGAACUCCUGAACAAGUUUAAGAGACGUCCUCCUGCCAAACGCACAAACUACAUAAAGCAUGGCUGCCUGGCUCCAUUCCGCUGCCCAUGGCAAAGGCUGACAGAGGAAUGGGAGAAAAUAGUGAAACAGGAUGGAGAAGAAGGAAAACUCCAGUCUGCUGAAAUGGAGGGAGUGAUAUCACAGUCUGGAGAAGACACACCCCCAACAUCUGCCUUCACUGUGUUGAGGAGCCGUAAGGUGCUGAGACAGCUGUCAGUCUGGAGUAAGCCGUCUUCUGCACGUAACUCGAGAGUGCCACGUGGUUGCCUCCCCACCCCUUUGCUUAACACUGCAAGUGCCAUGGAACUACAGGCACAGUGGAGGCACUGCCUGGUCUGGGUCCGUGUAUGUGUCCUAGGUAAGGGUCUGCCCACCCUGCACACCAUGCUGUGUGUUCCCACUGCUGAAGAUUUGCAGCAGUUGCGAAAAGAUCCCAGAAGCAUUGGCCCUAAGGAGCCCAGACACAAAGACCACCUCCAGCACCUACUGAAAAGGAGGAGCAAGAGACGCAAAGCUUCACCACAGUUUCCUGCCUCUGAAAAGGAUGAAGGCACUCCGGCUGCUGUGAACAAAGACUCCAGCUCUAGCUCUGCUCCCAAGGAUAACCAAGACUCUGUUGUAACUUCUACACACCCUAAUCUCAGCACUUCCAUCAGUAAAGGUGCUGAAUCUGCAGUGGAAUCAAGUUCUGCAACUGAUCUUAGUGACUCGUGUAAGGAAUAUGUGCGGGGACUGUGGCCAGAGCCACUUCCUAGUGUGUCCUCUCACUGCUCACGGGUGACCCUGGGGUGGGUGACACAAGGAGAUUUCUCUCUGGCAACAGGCAACGGCGAGGCACUGGGCUUUGUGAGCUUGACCGGGCUACUGCACAUGCUCCUGAGCCAGCCGGCGGAUCAGCGUGGAUCUGUGCUUGUACGCAAUCCUACAUCCCUACAGUACAGAUAUGCACGGCUCCAUGUAGAGGCAUGAAUUGUUGUAACCACACACAUCUGCACCAGGGUGUAAACUGGUAGAAAUGCACAAGUACCAGCUUUAGAUUUUAAGGGUGCCAAGUGCGGCAUGCAGUGCUGUGCAGUCUUAGGUUGCCAGGUGCUGCACAUAGUGGAUCAGUUUCCCAGGCAGGGAUAAAAUCUAGUCUUAGACUAAAUGAGAGGAAACUGUAAUCUUCAAAUAAUGGGAAACUGAUCCAGUAUUGUACAAUCUUGGUCUGCCAAAUGCUUCAUACUGUACUAUGCAGUUUUGCCAAAAUAUGCAGUACUUUGUAGUCUUGGGUUACUGAUUGUUGUAUACAAUACUUAACAGUCUUUGGCAACCAAUCGUGGUAUACAAUAUUGUACAAUCUUUGGCUAUCAAUUACUGUAUACAUUAUUGUGCAGUUAUGGGCUUCCAAUUGCUGUUCACAGUACUCUGCAUCUUGCAUCUAUACCAAACUGAACCUGGGCUAUUAAUAUAACUAUUAUAGUUAAAAUAAACUAUUUAUUUUGGUAUUACAGUAAAAGCCAGUAAAAAUAAAACAGAAUAUAAGAAUUUUUUUUCUUUAUUAAUAUUCUGCAUAGACUAAAGCAGUUUAGAAGGAUUAAUUCCUGAAUUUUAUGUUCAAGUCAGUGGUUUGUGUGUAUAUUUGGUAAGUUCAACCAUGAGCCUUUUAUUUAUUUUUUUUUUAAGAAUUGUCUUGCCAAGUCCUGGAUAUACGUUUACGAAUAUCUACCUUAGAUGCCUAAGACAAAAUAUGUGUAUCUUCCAGUGCUGUACUUUGCUCCACACUGGAUGAUCAUGGUGCAUACAGACACCUCUACAGUACCCUAGCAAAGCAUCUAGGCACAGAAUGACAUGGGACUGGUUUCCCAAACCCAGAUCAGGAUUAAUUUCUUAUUAAAAAUGACUGCUAAUGGUAAUUCAACAUUAAUAUGUAGGACCAGUUUCCCGGACAGGAUUUAAGCCUAGUCAUAGACUGUAUUUUUCUUUUCAAUAGAAACAUUUCUUAGAAUAGAAAAAUUCCAUUAAAAAAAAUAAAUAUUGUGUAGUCCAAGAUUAGGCUUAAUCACUGUCUGGGAAAUUGUUUAAGAUUUGGCCCAAACUAUAGGAUUUAUCCUUGCUCUUAUCCCUGUAUGGGAAGCCAACCAACGUAGAUUUCUGUAGGACUUCAAAGUUAUAGUGAUGGCAAUAAAUUCUGGCUUGUCAAACGCUUAAUUAAUAUUUAUUUUCUCUCAUAUAGUUAUGUUAAAAAUAUCAGCCUUCUGUGAGCAUGUUUACUCGUUCUGAAUUUGAAAAAUGUACUCUUUAUUGAGUUUUAUUAUUUUAGUAUUAUGAUUUAGUGAAGGCAGGAUUUUGAAUGAUGGCUGGUCUAUGCAAUGGUCAAUAAAAUCACUGACAAAUCA